AUGUGGAGUUAUGUGAUUCUAAAUAUCGAUGAUCAAGAGGAAAAUCUACCCUUGAGUGAUGGGAACAUAAUUCGUUUGUUAGGCGAUUCACCCAAACAUUGGUGCAUCGACAAGAAAAAAAGAGCCAAGUUUGAGGUGCUGCAACCAUUUGAGGAGCCCCUCCCGGUUCAUAUGGUCCAUGGAAAAUUGCACAGUGGCGCAUCAAUUCAAAAAUGCUGUCCGUGGAAUUCGGCAUUGACUAUUAUUAUCAAAACUGCGCUCGUUGUUUGCGAUGUGAGAGUUUUAACUUAUGUAAAUUGA